AAAAACGUGUCCAAGACCUGAACUCAUGUUUCCGUUCUCCAACAGCAUCGCUUAUCAUAAGACGAGAAAUAUCAGAGGUUGUUUCGUGUAGGAAUUGCCCAGAAAGAACCCACUUUAUGCAGAAUCAUGGCUGUGAUUCAGCUUCAUCUCCAACAACACCCACCAUUUAACAAUGGCAUUUCUCAUUGCCCUUAUGUAUGUCCACCAACUGGCAGAGGAAGGAACUUUUCCUUCCAAUUGCAGGCCCUUCCUUCCAGAACCCAGAGGAUAAUGGAGGGUAUUUCGGUAAGUGGGGAAGUGGGUGGUGCUGGAGGGGCAUACUCAUAUGAUGCUUUGAAGAGGUUGGACAAAUUAUGGUUGAAUAUAUGCUCUGCUCGGACAGUUGUUCAAGAACCCCAGAAAGUAGUUUCAAGUCUUCCAGGUUUGUUUAGCCAAUCUGAUCUGGCUGGUAAAGCGGUAGAAAAGUUUGAUGUUAUUGUUUGUGGAGGUACCUUAGGUAUCUUCAUUGCCACGGCUUUGAGUUGCAAAGGUCUUCGAGUGGGCAUUGUGGAGAGGAAUAUACUAAAAGGGAGGGAGCAAGAAUGGAACAUAUCAAGAAAAGAGCUCUUGGAACUUGUUGAAGUUGGAAUUUUAGCAGAGGAUGAUAUUGAUCAAGCUAUAGCGGCAACAUUCAACCCCAACAGAUGUUCAUUUGAAGGCAAGGGAGAGAUUUGGGUUGAAGAUAUUCUCAAUCUUGGUGUAUCGCCCGCAAAGCUUAUAGAGAUUAUGAGAAAACGUUUUGAUUCCCUCAGUGGAAUCAUCUUCGAGGAUUCCAGUGUUUCUAGCAUCUCCAUAUACAAGGAUGCAGCUGUUUUGCAACUGGAGGAAGGGAAGAUUUUAUCAUCAAGACUCAUUAUUGAUGCAAUGGGAAAUUUUUCCCCAGUGGUAAAACAGGUAAGAGGUGGAAGGAAGCCAGAUGGUGUUUGCCUUGUUGUUGGCUCUUGUUGUCGUGGAUUCACCGAUAACUCUAUAAGCGAUGUCAUAUUUAGUAGUUCUGCAGUGAAGAAAGUUGGGAACUCACAAGUACAAUAUUUUUGGGAGGCCUUCCCUGCUGGCUCAGGUUCUAUGGAUCGAACAACUUACAUGUUUACUUAUGUUGAUCCUCAACCAGGAUGCCCAAAAUUGGAAGAAUUACUAGAAGACUACUGGGACCUGAUGCCUAAUUAUCAGGGAGUCCCUCUUGACGAUCUGGAGAUCUUGAGAGUUAUAUUUGGAAUUUUCCCCACAUACCGUAACAGUCCAUUGCCUGCAGCUUUUGAUCGUGUUCUUCAGUUUGGCGAUGCUAGUGGCAUACAGUCACCAGUAUCAUUUGGUGGUUUUGGCAGCUUGACUAGACACUUGGGGAGAUUGUCAACUGGAAUACAAGAAGCACUACGAGGAGAUUUACUGGACUCUGACAACUUGUCCCUGCUGAAUCCCUACAUGCCGAAUUUAAGUGCAUCAUGGUUGUUUCAAAGAGCAAUGUCGGCAAAGCAACAACCCGUUGUUGCUCCAGACUUCAUCAGUGAACUUCUUUAUCUCAAUUUCCGGAGUAUGCAGAGGCUGGGUGAUCCGGUGCUAAGACCGUUUCUUCAGGAUGUUAUACAGUUUGGGCCUCUUGUGAAGACAUUAGGCCUGGUGAUGAUAACUAAACCUGAAAUCAUUCCCUCAAUAUUCAAGCAGGUUGGCAUUCCAGUGCUCCUUGACUGGUCAGGACACUUCCUCAUGCUGGGUUACUAUACAUUUCUUUCAACCUUUCUCGACCCUGUAAUUAGGCCAUUGAUAGAUUCAUUUCCACUUGAGAUGAAAUACAAAUGGAAGAGACAACUGGAGGCUUGGAAAUAUGGUGCUGGUCUAGACUACAAAAUGAGUCAGCCAAACAUGCCUUUGGCGGAGAGAUCAGGAAUGCUUGCUGGUUGGAAAACUAGGGCUGAGAGUAAGAGUGUUUCGUGAACUUUCACAUUAAGAACUAAUUCCAGCUUCUAUUGCAAUGGUGGCCAGAUUCUUCAUUUGGUAGCCUUGUGGAGAUGAGAUCCUUCUUGUCCAUGUAUCAGAAGCCCGUUAAUCAUUGCUAGUCCAUUUCGCUAUUUGAACCUCAAAAUAGAGGUGGUUACAAACUUCUACAAGAUUUCAGCCCGAGGAGAAAAAUAUCAUUGUAAUUAUUAAGGAUGUCAA